UCGCGCCACGACGACGAUCAUGCAGCACGCCCUAUGCAGCCUCCUCGUUAUCGCGGCCUGUCGCGUUGCCGCCGCAACACCCACGCCGAUUAGAGCGGCGACUCACGACCAGAGGCAGACCGGCGACCUGAACGUGCAGGUAGCGCUCAAGAACUUGCAUGUAGUCGCGCUGCUCGACUCCAAAUUCUUGGACGAUUACACGGAAUAUGAUUACUUCUACGAUUAUGCAGACUUCACUGUCAAACCGGACGGCAGCAGGCCCAUCCCAAGUUCCACCACGGAAAACAGCGAUAUUGCGGGAGUUUCCGAGUCUCUCUCGCCAAAUUCGACUGUCUCGACGUCUUCUGGUAAUAAUUCAACUGAAUACCAUAAUACAACGUUACCGAAUGAUGAAGAAAUCCCGAACGUUGAUCCGUCGAACGGUAUCGCGAACUCGACAUCAAAUACGGAUAACGAUAAGAGCCAAUCGAGUAAAGAGAAUAUUGAGUCCAAAGCAGCAAUCGCUUUUUCGUCUAUGAUGAAAUCUGCUCUACGAUCACAAAAGCGUUGUAAAUCCGGAUAUAUUCCAAAUGGCAACGGACGUUGUCGACGAGCACGUCGGCCGUGGUUGUCCAUAUUGCCGUGAGUACAAUCGCAACAAAGAAUCUUCCGAUCGAAUCUUUUUCCAUUGACCCAAUUUAGAUUGCAUAAUCGUUAGAAGCUAAGUUAAAUAGAGAGUAAAUAUCGAUAUCAAGUUUCAGUCAUGUUUGUUUUUAAUGGUGAAAUAAAUUCUAUAUAUUUGUACUACAUACAUUUUGGCGAUAAUUAUAUUCAUAACGUAAACUUCCUUUUAUUUCAUGGUUCUGUAUUUUGAAUUUCGAUACUGGUAAUGAAUCCUAAGAUACAACGCGGAAAACCUCCGUUCGUAAAAUGCAAUAUAUAUAUAUAGUUAAAAUAUAAUUUUCAGGAAAAAACGCAACAUCAAUCUCGCGCCAUACAGCUUUUAUAAGCUUCUAUAAAUUAACAAUUUUUCUUUUGAUUAUUUUGACUCUCGACUUCUGCGAUCAAUUGUUAUAUAUAGGAACAAAAUUCAUUUAA